AUGGAAUAUGGGCUCCGGGAUCUCAGGAACAGCCGAUGGAUCGCGCUGGCGGCCAGCUGCUGGAUCAUGGCGUUGAAUUCCUCGAUCUACACUUUCAGCGGCUACUCCCAGGCGAUGAAGAUCGCCAUGGCGCUGGAUCAAAAGACCCUGACGGCGAUCGUCACCUUCUCGGGCGUCGGCAGCGCGCUCGGGAUCAUCCCAGGACUUCUCUACGCCCUAGUCCCGCCAUGGCUGCUGCUCGCCGCCGGAGCUGCCGGCCAGAGCGUGGCGCUCCUCAUGAUUUGGCUCACCAUCACGCACCGGAUCCAUGGCGCCGCGGUGUGGCAGCUCUGUCUCUACGAGCUCCUGAUUGGGAUCUCCCAGGCGUCGGUCCAGACGCCGGUGGUGCUGGCGAGCGCCAGGAAUUUCGGCCGCGACACGGGCGCGGUGCUGGGAUUGGUCAAGGGCUACCAUGUGUUGGGCGGAUCGAUCUUCCUCCAGGCGUUCUACGCGAUUGGUGGCGGCGGUGGUAGCGGCGAUGGGCUCCCGUUGAUGCUCUCGUGGAUGAUCCCUCUCAUGCUUCCAUUGGCUCUCGCGGCGAGGCCCCUCUCUCGUACGGCGGGGUCUCCGCCGAUGCCGUACGGUGGCAUGUACGGCAUGUCCGGAAGCCUGGUGGCGCUAGCAGCGUGGCUCCUGGUCGUGAGUGUUCUUGAGGUGUUCAUGCGAUUCACUCGUGCUACACAGGUGAUGGUCUGCUUGAUCAUCGUGCUCUUGCUGCUGCUACUGGCUGUGAUCGCGUUGGUAGCGGGAUUCCAAGACAAAGAUUGGAAUGCAACUUUGCUGGAUCGUGAGGAACAGCUGAUAUCGCGAAGGGGAGUGCUAGAUCGCGAGGUAGCAGGAUCUGCGAGGGAGGCCCUGCUAGAUCACGACGAGAAGGAACCAACUGGAAGAACAGAGGCUCUGCUAAAAACAGGGGCGACCAAAGAUCACGAGACAGGAAGAACAUCACCACCACCUAGACUUGGCGAUGAUCACACGCUUGCCCAGGUCGCCACCUGCGUGGAUUUCUGGCUACUGUUCGUCGCGCUGGUGUUUGGAUUCGGCGCUGCCAAUGCAGUCUCCACCAAUCUCACCCAGCUCGCGAUCUCGCUCGGCUACUCGCAGAAGAUAGGCCCCGUUUUCGUGUCGCUCUUCUGCGUGAGUAGCUGCUUCGCGAGGAUCGCCGCCGGCCUGGCCGCGGACUACUGCCUGAAGCGAUUUGGCACUCCCAAAUCCACGUUUCUGGCGCUGGGGAUGGCCUCCAACUCCAUCGGCACGGCGCUGGCGGCGGUCCCAGUCCCUGGAGCGGCGAUCUUUGUGGCGGUGCUGGGAGCGGCGAGCGAUGGAGUGAACUGGGGGCUCACCGCCGCCAUAGCCUGCGAGAUGUUUGGAGAGAGGAGGCUGGGCGUGGUGUUCAACGCUCUCUUCGUGGGGAAUCCAGUCGGCCAUUAUCUUCUCUCGUCCAGGGUGGUGGGUUACUUCUAUGAUCGCGAGGCUGGCCGGGAAUUGGUGUGCCAUGGGGGUCAUUGCUUUCGAAAAGGAUUCGCGGCUCUCAGCGCCGCCAGCGCCAUUGGAGCUUGCUUAUUUCGUGGAACGCCACUCCCAGCUCUGCGGGUGUGCUGUGCCGCGAGAGAUCUCGUUAGAGGAAAAGAGAUCCAUCGAUCAAUCGCUAGCAGCGGCGUUAGAACCCGCGAUCGCGAUGCCAAGUUCAAAUGCAUGGGAAGUGUGGCCGUGUGGAUGUCACCAAGCAAGUCUUUUAACACCUCGUUGGAACAUCAUGAUAGAACGAACAUAGCGACGAUGCGCUCAGAUUUCUCCAGCGUUCCAAGUCCAGACAGAAUUCCAAGACGAGAUGCUCACCUCGGGCAUCUUAUCGAAGAACUCUUUGGCGGCAGCAAGAUUCCCAGAGUGGACGAACAGAUCGCAUUACGUGAUCCAGGCAUAUUCCCAGUCUGGACAUAUCCAAGAAAAUGCAGAGACAAUGGCUGA